AUGGUUGAUCCAUCGGCAUUAACCGCGGAAGCACUAGCUCGAGCCGCGGUAAUUUUAUCCGUUGGUUUAUUGCUAAUGUUCUCCGCGGUGAUUUCCAUAACUACAACAUUGUGUAAUGAUGCGCUUCGUGAUGUAAUUGGAUAUUAUAUGGUUUCUUUAUCAGCCGCUGAUUUACUUUGCUCCGUUGCAAUCAUACCAACAAGUAUGUACAGUGCUUUAGCACCUGACUGGCAGUUUAUGGGUGAUAAUUCGUUGGUAUGCAAAUGUUUAGUAUAUUUAGAAGUAGUUUUAUUUGCAAAUACUGCCUAUACUCUUGCAUGGAUUGGUAUUGAUCGAUAUGCUGCUUUGAUGAAGCCGCAAAGGUAUGAAGCAGAGCAAACUAUCAUGAAAUGUAAAUGCUGGAUUGCAUUCACGUGGAGCAGUACAGUACUAUUCUCUUUGCCUAUUAUUGUUGCUCGCAUGAAGGCAUGA